GUCAGGGACUGCCUUGCCCUGCAGGGACGCCUGCCAGUUCACCAGCCACCGAGAAGGAGGCACUGGACUGAAAGGGGCAAGGCAUACUAGCACAGAGGCCCCCACUUUUGGAGCAACAGCACAGCUUCCAACCUGGAGACCUGGUCCUGAUAAAAGCGUGGCGAACGGAGAAACUCACCCCGAGCUGGGAGGGCCCAUACCAAGUCCUACUCACCACUGAAUCAGCAGUACGGACCAGAGAACAUGGAUGGACCCACUACCACCGGGUGAAGAGAGCUCCGCCGGAAAGUUGGACGGCGACGGCGAGCCCAGACAACCCGCUGAAGGUGACACUCACCAAAUCAGGGACCGGGAUCCAGAAAAACGCUCCGGGACUGUGAGACAGAUGUGUAUAUUCUGCACCUGUGCUUGUUUCUUCGAAUGUUGUUGCUGUGCUCAUUGUGAGGGGUGUGUGCUGUGUGUGCAUUGUACUGAGGAGUGUAGUAUAGUUUUCAUAGAGGAUAUUAUAAUUCAGCAUUGUAAGGUCAAAUUAGGAGGAGAAAUUCAGUGUGAAUUACUAGAAAGCCCGACAGUUAUACAAGCAUUGGAGUCAUUGUCCCCUAGGAGGGCUUAUUCUUUUAUACCCCAAAGAAAAGCAUGACGGAGAUGUGGGAAGAACCCUGGAACCAUUGGCGGUGGUGGGUAGGGGUGGUGUGCGCUGCAUUAAUAAUAUAUAUGGUCACUUACUUUUGUUGGCAUGAAAAAGACAGAAUAUGUGGAAGACGAAGGGGUGCCCGGAUACCGCCGGGGGUGCUAGCACUGAUCUGUCUAUCUAUUCCACACAUCCCCACCCAAGCAACCCUGCCCGGUCAGGCAGAAUCCCAAUGCAUGGAAUGUAUCCAAUCCACUAGGACAGGCCACAGGAUUACCCAGACUCUCAUGUACUAUAACGUAGCCCCAGACUGUAUUCAACAGUUGGACCCUUGUGUGCACAAUAAGACACAGUAUUAUAGAUGCAUAGUUGAAGGAAAUAAGACAGAGUGUUAUGAGCCCCUUGCAGUAGGUCCUGUAACGUCCAGUAUAUACGUAUAUGGAUACAAGGGAGGAACGGCUAAUAGAGCCGGGGAAAGAACAAACAUGUUCCAGAUAGCCCAAAACAGGCAGGGAUACAUAGCACAUAACACCACAAGGGGAGCCGGGAAGGUUAUGGUCUGCUUUGAUGCCUGUUUAGCAAUAAACAAAGGCCAAGGACCAAAUGGGAACGCCGGAAUUGGGUGUGGAAAUCACGGAUGGGAACGAUCCUAUUUACAAGACAGAAAAUAUCUUUUCAAACAUAUUAAAGGAGGAAACGUGGGCGCUGGGAGUGGAACUUACAAUUAUUGGUACACGGAAGGGGUUAAAAUGCAGCUUAGUUACAAAGGACCAGAAGGAAUCAAUUUAACACAAGGAGCAGCUUCCACCGACUGCUCGGCCGGACAUUGCAACCCGGUUUGUUUAUGGGCAAAAGAAAUGCCCUCCACUAAACCAAAAAUCAUUCAUGUGGGCUUAGGGAUAGAUGGGACAGGUAAGGACCCUUAUGGAUAUUUAGUUAUCCAAAUACAUACAACCAAGGUCACUAAGAAGCCUAUUACAGUGUUUGAAGAUUUUGAGGAAGAAAUUCAGCAUCUAAAUGCCCUCCCCUUACCCCCUAAGGCACACAAUAUGUUUUUGAGUCUGGCAGAGACCAUUGCAAAGGAAUUAACAGUGAAAAAUUGCUUUGUAUGUGGGGGGACCAAUAUGGGAGACCAAUGGCCUUGGGUUGCGCAUGAGGUGAAUUAUACAGAGAUAUAUCUUUCCCAAAAUAAUUAUACUUAUAAUCACCCUGGGAAAGAAAUUUGGCAAAUAUCGAACAAUGUGGUAGGGAUGGAGUGUUUCGUUAGGAACGUGACUUCAAGAUCAAAUGGGACGCAGGUAGGGAAUCUCCCCUGUAUGGGACAAUGGGAAGGAAAGAACUGGUGGGGCCAUAAUAAUAAAACCUGGCCCACUCCCCUUGGAAAAAUAAGACAGAUGGGGUUUCUGUUGGACCCAGAAAAUAGGACUCUAGAAUGGACCACCCCGUUAGGAUUCUACUGGGCAUGCGGGGAAUAUGCAUAUAAUCGGCUGCCCCCGGAUUGGGUAGGCUCGUGUGUCCUGGCAACGCUGAGACCCAGUUUCUUUCUACUUCCCUUGCAUACCAAAGCAAGAUUAGGGGUGCCAGUCUACGAUGAGAUAGGACCUCGAAGGAGACGGGCAAUUCAGAUAGGAAAUUGGUUAGACACGGAGUGGCCCCCGGAAAGGAUAAUUCAAUAUUAUGGACCAGCUACUUGGGCAAAUGAUGGCACUGCAGGCUCCUUUGGGAGGGACCCCAUAUAUCUACUUAAUCGCAUAAUCCGCCUGCAAGCAGUAGUAGAGAUAAUUACUAAUGACACUGCAGCCGCCCUGACAAAGUUAGCAAAAGAGAGUGCUAAGAGCCGCACCUAUAUUAUGCAGAAUAGAUUAGCCCUGGAUUAUUUAUUGGCAAAAGAGGGCGGGGUCUGUGGAAAAUUCAAUCUGACCAAUUGUUGUAUAGAAAUAGAUGAUAGUGGAAAAGUGGUAAAGGAUAUAGCUGAUAGAAUGGUUAAAUUAGCUCAUGUGCCGGUCCAAACGUGGGAUGGAUUCAAUUUUAAGGACAUGUUCAGUACCUGGUUUCCAAAAUUACCAGGACUACAGGCAAUUGUAGCCCUCAUUGGACUAAUAGCAGCAGGGUGCGUCCUGAUCCCGUGCAUAUUGCCCAUCUUUGUCCGAGCUAUUAAUAAUUCACUGGCUCUAUUAGCAGAGAGAAAAGUACAUACACAUUUGAUGACAAUGAGGUAUACGGCAGUUCCCACCAGGGAGGAUGAGGAUAAUCAAAGCGGAGUGGGACAUGAGUUAUUAUGUGAGUUUGAGACAAGAUACAAAAAGAGGGGGGAUUGUGAGAAAGACUAAAACAGGACGUGCCUCAAACUCAGUGGAAAAU